GCAGCCCCCGGUUACUACGACACCAGCUGCUUUAAGCGGGGGGACCUGCUGGAGGUGCCCCGCACCCUCUUCAUCCACUUCGGCAUCUACCUGGGAGAGAACCGCGUCGCCCACCUGAUGCCCGACAUCCUGCCCGCCCUCACCGCCGACCGCCGGCAGAUCCAGCAGGUCGUCACCAACAAGCGGCUCAUCCUGGGGGUCAUCACCAAAACGGCCAGCAUCCGAGUGGACACGGUGGAGGACUUCGCCUACGGCGGCCGGAUCUUGGUCCACCCCAUGAGCCGGCUCAGGAGCCAGCGUCAAAGUUGCUCUUCGCCCCACACCAUGCUCUGGAGAGCCCCUGUGAGAGCUGGGGGGUCUGCAGGGGAGAGGGUGGGCAUCUCCUGGCUAAAACUUUAGUCCUUAACCCUGAUCUUUUCCUCUUUAACCCCGAUCUUUUCCUAAUUUUUCUUAUCUUUUCAGUUCUGUGAGACUGUGAAGAUGAUUAUUCGGGACCAGAGAAGCGUCCUCGCUUCAGUGCUCGUGGGAUUAGCAUCAAUAUUCUGCCUGGGUUUGGCACCCUCCACCACGCUCCCCACUAUCUUUAUUCCCUUCUUUCUGUGGAUGGCUGGCUGA